CCGCCUUCGAAAUAGAGCGAAAGCCUCUUGAAGUCGUAAACUGAUGCUCUUGUUCGCUGUGUAAAUAUUCUUUAUGACAAGAAAAGUUCUUUUUCCCAGAGUUACCAUGGGAAGCAAAAAGAUUAUCUUCCCAAAGUAAAGAUGUCCACUGGGCAGGAGGUUUCUGGGUAAAUGGGAGUGGAAGUGGGAAACCAUGUUGCGUCUCGCCUAUAGCUGACGUUUCUUUGGGGGCGGGCCGAACUUUUCCAGCCCUUGAAUGGCGAGCGCUGCCCCCCAAUAGAACCCAAUCAGAAGAAGGAAAGGCAGCGAAUUAAGUAGCUAUUGGUUGGUGGCCUCUGGCCAAUCGGACAGUCCCUAGUUUGGCGGGAGCCUUGACCGCCGCCAGAGCUUUCGGUGUCUUAGAGCUAUCCCUGGGCUGUGGUUGCUGUGGCCAUGUUCGUGGCCGAUUUCCGCAAAGAGUUCUACGAGGUGGUCCAGAGCCAGAGGGUUCUUCUCUUCGUGGCCUCGGACGUGGACGCCCUGUGUGCUUGCAAGAUCCUUCAGGCCCUGUUCCAGUGUGACCACGUGCAGUAUACACUGGUUCCAGUUUCUGGGUGGCAAGAACUUGAAACUGCAUUUCUUGAGCAUAAAGAACAGUUCCGUUAUUUUAUCCUCCUAAACUGUGGAGCAAAUGUAGACCUAUUGGAUAUCCUUCAGCCUGAUGAAGAAGCCAGAUUUUUUGUUUGUGACACCCACAGACCAGUCAAUGUUGUGAAUGUAUACAAUGAUACCCAGAUCAAACUACUCAUUAAGCAAGAUGAUGACCUUGAAGUUCCUGCCUAUGAUGACAUUUUUAGGGAUGAAGAGGAUGAUGAGGAUCAUCUGGGAGAUGAAAGUGAAGAUGGAUCAGAGCCUUCUGAGAAGCGCACACGGUUAGAAGAGGAGGUAGUGGAGCAAACCAUGAAGAGGAGGCAGCAAAGAGAGUGGGAGGCCCGGAGAAGAGACAUUCUCUUUGACUAUGAGCAGUAUGAGUAUCACGGGACCUCGUCAGCCAUGGUGAUGUUCGACUUGGCAUGGAUGAUGUCCAAGGACCUGAACGAUAUGCUGUGGUGGGCCAUCGUUGGACUGACAGACCAGUGGGUGCAAGACAAGAUCACCCAAAUGAAAUACGUGACUGACAUUGGCGUCCUGCAGCGCCAUGUGUCCCGGCACAACCACCGGAAUGAGGACGAGGAGAAUGCCCUCUCUGUGGACUGCACACGCAUCUCCUUUGAGUACGACCUCCGUCUGGCUCUCUACCAGCACUGGUCCCUCCAUGACAGCCUGUGUAACACGUGCUACACUGCCGCCAGGUUUAAGCUGUGGUCUGUGCAUGGGCAGAAGCGGCUCCAGGAGUUCUUUGCAGACAUGGGUCUCCCUCUGAAACAGGUGAAGCAGAAGUUUCAGUCCAUGGACAUCGCCUUGAAGGAGAAUUUGCGAGAGAUGAUUGAAGAGUCUGCGAAUAAAUUUGGGAUGAAGGAUAUGCGUGUGCAGACUUUCAGCAUUCAUUUUGGGUUCAAGCAUAAGUUCUUGGCCAGCGAUGUGGUCUUUGCUACCAUGUCGCUGAUGGAAAGCCCUGAGAAGGAUGACUCAGGGAUGAAUAACUUCAUACAGGCUCUGGACUCUCUCUCCAGGAGUAAUCUGGACAAGCUAUACCAUGGCCUGGAACUCGCUAAGAAACAGCUGCGAGCCACACAGCAAACAAUCGCCAGUUGCCUCUGCACCAACCUUGUUAUUUCCCAGGGACCCUUCCUCUACUGCUCCCUCAUGGAGGGCGCCCCAGAUGUCAUGCUGUUCUCCAAGCCAGCAUCCUUAAGCCUGCUCAGCAGACACCUGCUCAAGUCCUUUGUGUGUUCGACAAAGAACCGGCGUUGUAAGCUGCUGCCUCUGGUGAUGGCCGCCCCGCUAAGUGUGGAGCAGGGCACGGUGACCAUGGUGGGCAUUCCCCCAGAGACUGACAGCUCAGACAGAAAGAACUUUUUUGGGCGGGCGUUUGAGAAGGCAGCAGAAGGCACUAAUUCCAGGACACUGCACAACCAUUUUGACCUCUCAGUAAUUGAACUGAAAGCAGAGGAUCGGAGCAAGUUUCUGGAUGCACUUGUUUCUCUCUUGUCCUGAGGCAUUUGAUUUCUUCAAAAAUGACUUCCUCCUUAUUUAUGUUAACUGGCUUUUAUUUAGAUAGUAAGUUAUAGAUAUAGUUUUAGAAUUGGGGACAGUUGGUUUUUAAUGAAAUAAAAUGCUUAUUUUAGUUUCCAUUUUUCCAUCUUUAUUCCCAUCACAGAGCCAACUCUUGAUUGUGCCCUAAGCCUUCUGUGGGUCCAGAGGAGUCUUGAUCCUGUGUGCUGGGUGCCCUUGGAAGGCCAGCAGGAAAUCAGCACAAUGGGUACUUGCCCAGAUUAGUUCGGGGACAAAAUUGUGAUGCACUGACCACUGCCCAGCAAUACCAUAGGGACCUAGCUGUCCACCCUCCCACCACUUCCUGUGCAUCAAGCCUCAACAGCAUCGUUUGACCAAUCCUCCAUCAGUCCCCACCCA